CCUGUAUUUAAUGCAGACGCCGUCUAGUGGGGUUGCAGAGACAUGAUGGCAAACCGCUUUUUGUAGAUUCCACAUAUGCAGAACAAAAACCAUUUCCCAUGAGCAUAAGGGGUGACGGACUGAAUGAUGCUAUAAUGUAGUUGAGUUGUUUUCGGACAACGCCAUUGUUUGACCAUAAAACUACAAGACCUACAGGGCAAUCGGACUGCGAACGCGGAAGUGAAGGAAUUCGUGGUCGGAAAAAAGUUUUCAUACCAUCAGUGUUAUUUAUUGUCUGACUCAUUGCUUGUUCCUGUCAAUUCCUCUUAUUCGGGAUACCAAAGGGAACUAUGGGUAGCGAGCCGGGCCCAGUCCAGAUUGUGACCGUAUGCAAGGAAGACCACUCCUUUGCCCUUGACACGGAGGCUCUGGAAGGAGUUCUACUGGCACCCGAGAUCCGGGACAAACAUGUGGUGGUUCUUUCGGUGGCCGGGGCCUUCCGGAAGGGCAAGAGCUUCAUCCUGGACUUCAUGCUACGCUACAUGUACAGGAAGGACCUCGAUGAGGAUUGGCUGGGUCAGGAUAACGAGCCCCUGACCGGGUUCAAAUGGAGAGGGGGGUCCGAGCCAGAGACCACCGGCAUCCAGGUGUGGAGCCAGGUCUUCCUGGUGAAGAAGAAAAAUGGGACCGAGGUGGCCGUGUUGCUGAUGGACACCCAGGGUGCAUUUGACAACCAGUCCACCGUUAAGGAUUGUGCCACAAUAUUUGCUCUCAGUACCAUGACCAGCUCCAUACAGAUCUACAACCUCUCACAGAACAUACAGGAAGAUGAUCUGCAACAGCUGCAGCUGUUUACAGAAUAUGGUCGCCUUGCCAUGGAUGAAAUCUUUCAGAAGCCCUUCCAGUCUCUGAUGUUCCUAAUCAGGGAUUGGAGCUUCCCCUAUGAAUACAAAUAUGGCCUUGAGGGAGGCAGCAUGUUCCUGGACAAACGUCUUCAGGUGAAGGAGAGUCAACACAAGGAGCUCCAGUCAGUGAGGGAACAUAUCCAUUCCUGCUUCACCUACAUCAACUGUUUCCUGCUUCCGCACCCUGGGCUGAAGGUGGCCACCAGCCCUGCUUUCAAGGGCCAGCUUAGUGAUGUGGCUCCGGAGUUCAAAGAUCAACUGCGGAACCUUAUCCCCAAACUGCUGAGCCCGGAAAAGCUAGCCGAGAAGGAGAUCAAUGGCAAUAAAGUCACCUGCCGGGGCCUGGUGGAGUUCUUUAAGGCCUACAUCAAGAUCUACCAAGGUGAAGACCUGCCACACCCGAAGUCCAUGCUGAUGGCUACAGCCGAGGCCAACAACCUGGCUGCCGUUGCUGCCGCCAAAGACCAGUAUUACCGGAACAUGGAGAAGGUCUGUGGGGGGGACCUGCCCUACGUGAACCCUGCCUCUCUGGAAGAGAAGCAUGAGUUCUACCUCCAAGAGUCCCUCCACCUCUUCUCCUCCACCAAGAAGAUGGGUGGGAAGGAGUUCUGCAACCGUUACCGGGACCAGCUGGAGGCCGAGCUGGGGGAAAUGUGGGAGUCGUUUAGCAAGCACAAUCAGUCAAAGAAUAUCUUCAGCGCGUUCCAGACGCCCGCGGUCCUGUUUGUCCUUGUGUGCUUCCUGUAUGUACUGUCCGGGCUGUUGGUCUUUAUCGGCCUGGCUACCAUUGCUUUUGCGUGUGACUGUCUCCUCGGCCUGGCCAUGCUUGCCAUGCUCACCUGGGCCUUCAUCCGCUAUUCUGGAAAAUACAGAGGGCUGGGCGGAGCCAUUGACGAGACUGCAGGAAUUAUACUGGAGAAGGCCACUUUGGUGUUGAACAAGUCAAGGCCAGAGGUGGCCGAGAGGAAGUCCCGCUAGACGCCCUGUCGCCCCUCUGUACUUCAAUGCAAUAUGUACACACACAACAAGCAUACAUCCUAGAGCUCAAUGCCCCGUCGAGCCUCCCAGUGAAACCAUCGUUAAAAUGGCAGAAGGUGGCCGAAGUGAUGCAGGCAAACCAGCGUCUUUUCAAUGGCACACACAAAUGGGUUGACACUAAUUCACUCUGUCCACAUGAAGAUGACCAUGUAGUCUUAUAGAUUGGGGGCAAGGUGCAUUAACUCAGACAUGGGGGGGGGGGGGUUCCCUGGAGCUGUCUUUAACAGACUCACUGACACUGCCAUACGCACACACUCCUCUCCUCGUUCUCCUAGACAACCAAGUGAUGUUUACAUAGAAACCCAAAACCCAGAUCAUAUUGUACUAUUGGGGUCAUGCCAUGUAUUUGAAUGCAUUGUAGUCUAUCUUUUGGGUCCAGUGACGGGUGCUGGGAGGCUAGCCACGGGGCUUUAAAGUCUUAUGAGACUUGAGAGGUUUAUCCUCUUGAUGCAAUAUAACUAUGCUAUGCUGUAAUGGGUGGAGGGGGGUACUAUUUAUACAGUUAGCCAGAUUUUCUUGGACUCUUUAUACCACUCUGUGGCCUUAUGCACAUUCCAUCCUCUUCCCAGUUUAGCUGCAUGCUCCAUCUUUGCCUCCGCUUGUCUGUGGAAGCUGUGCCUUAUUGUGCUGUUCUUGCUUUAUUCUCUUUAUUCCUGGCUUGCUGACUCCAGAAUACAAGCCCACAGUGCUGAUACAUUCCAAGGUUAUCCCUUUGUUUUAGACUGCCUCGGGAAACAUGCACAUUCACCAAGCGUUCUUUGAUUACGGAAGUUUAAUGUUUGUUAAAUAGCACUCAAGGAAGAAAUGCUCCAAAGAUGUUACCUGUGUGAUUUUACAAUAAAUAGGCUUACUUAAUAUACAGUUGUGAUAAUGUUGAAUUUAUGUAAAGAUAUUUCAUAUCUAUAGUAUGAUAAUUGUAAACAAGUAAUGGUCAGUGUGAGGGUUGGUGACCAGUCAGCCAAAGAAUAAUCCCUAAGAAAAAGAUACAAUGAAAAGCAAAAGAUCUUCUGCUCAGCUAGAAUCCAGAUACCUAUAUAUAGUUAUUGAAACUCUUAUUUCUGACAGACUUUUGCACAUUCCAUAUCUGUUACUUUCCAUUGUUAAGGAAGCAACAAGUUGUGUUUUUACUCUGACGUUCUCCCUAUAUACUGUAAGAUUUUAACUAUUUGAACAAAUAAAAAUAUAUAUUUCUGUAGAUGCAUGAAAUGUGCUCAAUGCUUUUUUUUAAUCAUCUUUUAUAAAGUAUUUUCAUGGCCUUGAUCUCUGAAUUGUUUAUUUUUAUUUUUUAUGUGUAUUGCUUAAGCCAAAUAAAAUGCCAAUGACCUGU